UAGGAAAAAAGAAGCCAUGGAUUCACAAAUUGCAAAGAAAACUCAAAGCCUCACCACAGCCGAGGAGAUGAGGAACCAAACCAAACUUGUGAUGCAGCCGUACGCCAACUGGGAGGAGUAUCUGACUCCUGCUCCUCUCUCCAUAGCCAUCCUGGGAGAGCUGGUCUUCAUCUCCUCCAAAACAGAUUUCUCCAUCAACAAGAACCCACCUAAAGAUGGCUACAAGUUCAUCAGAUACCCAGAGUCAUUUCGUGCCUGCCUCAUGCAGGUGUGUAACUCAGGCUGGUGGGCUUUCAACGAGGCCCAUAAGAACAUGGAUCAGAUUAGACUUUACACCAUGGCAGUUCCUGAUUACAUGAAGAUGGCUGUGAAGAUCCUGUUCCAAGGCAGUGAUAAGGUUGUUGAAGCUCACCUCCCUGACCAGCUGGAGAACAUCCGUGUUGUUGCAGAUGAAUGUCUUGAGCUGGCCAAUUCAACAGAAAAACGGUUCACUGAUGUCAUCAACAUUAUCCAAGAACUGCUGGAAGCAUGUGUAAAUGCUCAGCACUUUUAUGGAGAGAAGCUGGAGGAAAUCAAGAGGAAACUGGAGGAAGCCGAGCUGAGAAAAACAGACACAGAAGAAGCUGCUAAACGCUCAGAGAAGGUACUGAAGGUCAUGGAAAAGCAGCUAAAUGAAGCACGUGAAAGUUACAGCAAAGCAAUGGCUUCACUGCCCGAUGGAUGGGAAAUGAUAGGAAUGGAUUUGGCUGAAGGAUUAACUGAGGGCAUCACAACUUUUAUUAAUGGAAUAGCGACCAUGGGACCUGAAAAGUUAAUACUUUUACUGUCUAAAAAUCCAGAAAUUAUUGAUGGAAUGGCGUCCAUUGUAUCUAAAAGUCAGACACAGAAUGUUUCUAAAAAAAGUCUGUCUAAAAUUCCAGAACCUAAAGCUGAUUGCAUUGAUGAAAUUAAUAUUUACAGUAAAUCUGCAGAAAUCCUGAAAUGCACAGAGAAAAUUCAAGAGUUUGUGAUUGAAAACACAAUUAACUGGAAAGAUUUGUAUGAUCAAAUACACCAAACUACAAAGACAAAAUUUCAGGCAGAUCAGUUCAAACGAAUCGGGGAAAAUUUAAAAGAAUUUCCAAACUGCACAGCAAAAGAGGAAGCUCAAAACAUCUGUACCAAAGGCAUUGAGAUCUGUGAGGAACUAGCAAAGUAUACACCAGAAGGGGAAUGGGAAGAAGCCAAAACAAAUGAGUUGAUUAAACUGAUCAGAAACCUGAAUGAAUCAGCUCGCAGUUUUGACAGCAAAAGUAAAUCUGUCACAAAUUCUCCUGCUCUGACUCCAACACCACCAAUGAUGUAUAAAGAAGAAAGUAACACUGGGAAGGUGAAAGCUUCACAAAGGGCAUCAGAUAAUGUCAGGUUCCGCAUAGAGCAGAGCCGCACUCAACUGGACAAGACCAGAGAGAUGUAUGAGAAGAGUGUAGAGAACAUGGAGAAGAACCAAAAGGAGCUGACUGAAAUCCUGAUCACCAUGAGGAGGUGUGAGUUCAAAGAGAUAGACUUUAACACCACUAUACAAAUGUUGGUUAAGGGUAUGGAUGCCAUGGGGAGAGUGAAGGAGCAGUGGGAGAAGAUGGUGCGCUUCUUUCAGAUGGUGUCCAACAUUGUGAAAAUCAGUCUGAACAGAACCCUUAAAGAUUUUGUAUCUACAUCUGAGAAGACACAGACGCUUUCCUACAACGCAAAGCUCUUCUCCAAAGAUAUGCUCUACAAUCAAGCCUUUCAAGCCACUAACAUCGCCAACCUUGUCAACAUGAUCUCUACAACCUACACUGAGGUGUCCACCAAGCACCUCAUGGAUCGUGUCAGCUCUCUGGGAAAACUGAUGGUCAUGGACAAGGAAAAGCCAGAGUUUCAGUUUGAGGUUGAUCAGUUACGGAACGCCUGUGAUGGGGCUCAGAAAGCCAUCUUAGUCCUUGUCCUCAAGAACAAGAGGGAGUUUGAAGCGAAGAGUUUUGCAAGACAGAAUAAGAUUGAUAAAGAGUUGCUCGCCAUUCUCCCUGCUGCUGCUCCAGAAGAGAUAAAGCGCAUUCAAGCAGCUGUUAAAAGUGGAUUCACAGAAGAAGAUGAAUCAGACUACGCCUGAGUGAAUAAACAAAAGUUCUUCUUUACAAUUAUACCCAAUAAAGCUCCUAAAGUAUCAAACAAGUGCCUUACACUGUAAUUAGCACAGUGUUCAUAUUCAAGCUUCUUGUCACAUGUGAUCAUAAAUAUCAUGUGAGCAUCAUAUCAUUCAUUUUUUGUCACUUUUAAUUAACUUGUUUUUUUCUAAUUACAUUUAUUACAAAUAUAAUACACAUGUAAUAUUCUUGUGUAUGUUAAUAUAUGAGUAUGUAUUAAUGCUCUGUCUUAACAGCAAAGUGACAAAUUUAUUCUGCACUUCAAACUAUUCUCUAAUACCACAAUAUAACGUAUAACUUUUUCCCAUUAGCUUUGCAUUUAUCAAAAAAAUAAAGAUUUCUUACUUAUGUGUAUUAUUUAGUACUCAGUAGCUUUCUUAAGUGAUACAUUUCUAAAAUGAUAAAAGUCAUUUAUUUCACCUACUUCUUCAGGUUUACAAUUAUAAAGACUAAACUCUUAUAAAUGGAUGUUUUUAUUAUUUUUUCAGUGUUAGUGUUGAUGUUAAAUUGGUCCUCUAUCACUGUACCAACCCAAAUGUACCAGAAAAUCCACUAGAAGAUUCUGACAUAAAAUAAUUGCCUUACAAUUUGGAUUUGUUUGUUUGCACUUUACCAGAAUAAACGCUUUCUGCAAUUUCAUUCA